AUGCAUCUAUUCGAUAAAUUGCGAGCAAGCUUUCGACGAAAACCAAAUAAAAUUGAAUUGUCAUUAUCACAACAAAUUGAAAAUUUACUUAGUCAAUCGAAUGAUUCACAUGGGGACCACCGUUUACUUUUACUUCGUUUAGUUUAUGAACAUCGAUCACGACAAUUUGAUGCAUUAAAUGUACCUUCGAAUGAUUCAAAACGUGUUGAAUUUGAAAGAUCAAUGCUCAAAAGUCUUCUUGCAAUUACAUCUUCAUCAUCAGUAAGAGAAAAGUCACAAUCGAACUUUCAACGAUCUUCACGUUUAUAUAAAUCUAUGCCAAUGGCGACCUCUGUACAUAUGUCAAAACGAAGAAAUUGA